GGGCCGAAUGGGAUGCGCCAGCCACAGUCUUGCGUGCACUGCACAAACUGCGAUGGCAUUGUGCCUGCAGGUGGUUGGACACUGCCAUAAGCUCUGCUAGCUGCACGCACCACCCGGUCGUGGGACGCCCUGCUUCUGGGUGGUGCUGCCAUACCAUGAGGGUGAUUGAGAAUGUCGAUACGCUAUCGAUCGCCGCCCGGUAAACCAGAGCUAGAACUUUUUCAGGUGGCGCAGAGAGAAAUGCAUCGUUGGGCUUUCUUGACAAUCGACACCACAUUAUUUUCCUAGCUGAGAUCAUUUAACUAUGUGGAUUCCAGGAACCUGAAUCGGUCAACCUGUUCCAUGACCUUACAGUUGAUAAUGAGAAGGUUCCACGAAAGGACUUUUUUUCCUGCGGAAGUCACCUAUCAUCUCCUGGAUGAUAGAAAUAUUGAGUUGUGGAGCAUUUUUAGAGCACCGUGCCACCAGCGAGACAGCGAGGCACAUACACCCUUGAUGAUCUUUAGUGAAGGGCUGACACAGACUUCUACACAAAGUUUCCAAAUGAGCAGUGUCAUUGCAGAGGCGUGAAGCCGAAUCAAGCAUUUCCUGACAGAGGACCUGACUGUGAAAGUGAAAAGAUGGCCUCUGAAUGUUCUAUAUGUCUACACACGUUUAAUCGCCCUAAGCUGCUCCCUUGUUUUCACACGUUUUGUGAAGGUUGUCUGGCCUCCAUCGUGAGCCAGGCCUCUCAAGCCCAGUCACCUGCUACCGACACUUGCUUCCCCUGCCCCUUGUGUCGAACGCUUACAGACGUGCCUCAGGCCGGGGUUUGCGCGUUCCUGGACAAUAUUUACAUAAAAGCUGACGGGGACAUCCAGACACAGUUCGCAGCCUGUGACACUUGCAGGGGGGGAACUAAAGCUAGAGAUCCUCUGGAAGCAGCAGCAGCUACCUCCAAAUGUGUGGAGUGCAACAAGUUUCUCUGCCAUAACUGCCUGGAGGUUCACAACCAACUGUUGCGUACUCACACACUGGUCAGUGUGACUGCCGGUAGGUUUACGGUCACCCACAAAGCCUUCUGCCAUCGCCACCCGGAUGAGGAGCUGAGGUUUUUCUGCCUCAAGUGCCAGACACCCGUGUGUCGGGAUUGUCGCAUGACAUCGCACGCGGAAGGUCACACAUCAGUGGACCUCAAGGAUGUGAGUCAGAAAGCUCAGGAGGCUGUGUCCAAGGUAAUCCGUGUCAUUUCCGAUGAGCUGAUUCCAGCUCACGAGAGCAUGAUGGUAGUUCUGGCUGCUGACCUUAAGUGUAAACAAAUUUCCGCAAAUAACAUCAAGGAACUAAUUAGUCGAAGGAUUGAAGAGUUGCACAAGGGUCUAGAAGAGGUUAAGGAACAAGCAUUAAAAACCGUGGAAGACGCGGUAGCUGGUCUGGAGGAAGCGACCAGGAUUCAUCAUGACCGACUAGCUCGCCUUAAAAGCCAGAGGGACUACAUCAAGCAGGUGUUGAGUGGAGGAUGUGAGGCGCACAUACUCCUGGCAGCAGAAAGCGUGAAAACAACAUUUUCACAGAAAGUGUUACCCCAGCCACCACUCGACUGUUGUCAAACGGUUGUAUAUGAUCGUAGCGAUGAUGUGCACAUUAAAGAAAUCCCUAAGACGAGAUAUCUCAGCUUAAAUCACUGGAAAAGUUUUGCUGCUGGAUUUGCUGGUAAAGCACGUGUGAUGCACGAGCACCAGUCUGUGGCUCUGUCCUCGUACUCUGCCAGCGUCAGCGCAUCUCUACAUCAGGUUGCAGAAGCCUUGAGAGGAUGUGACAAGACUAUACAGGCUGCAAGUAAAGGCUUGGAAUCUCGCUUCUGCUUAGCGACAGAACCGUCUCUGUGAAGAAUUCAAUGAAAUAAUAAUGAUAAAAAAAAAAAAAUUAAAAAAAAAUCUUGGCGGGCGAGGACACUCGGGCUAAUAAUGUUGAGAAUUUCAGAAGAAAUCUGUGCAUACCUUGGUCAUGUUGCAAACAAAGGGCCUCACCCAACCCCAAAACAAAUAACAACGCAACAACAGCAGUUUUUUCAUCAGCAAUGUUUUUGUUGUUUUGUUCUAUCUCUAUACAGUAAUUCUCGACAAGGCAGAUAACGAUAUCGUUCGCAUGAGUGUUGACAGCGCUUGGUCCACACAACGACUGGUGGAUGUAGUCUCAAGGCUGAUCGCAGACCUGUUUUGUGCAAAAUACAUUUUAGUGUUGCACAGCUAAAAGCAAUUUGUACGAUGUGUUUGUGAUGUUGCACUGAUAAAUUUUGAAGAGUUUUUUUUUAUUAUUUUACACGAGAAAUCAAACAAUACUUUUGAUUAAUCCAGAUUAUUAGUGGCAUACCAACUUGACUUUCACUUUUAAUUCAUAUGGCUAGUCCAGUCACUUGAUAUUUUUACAGCUCUACAUUUCAGAUGCUUUCGGGGUAGUUUAUCAGGUAAACACAUCGGUGACAAUACAAGUUUGAUAUCCAACUAAUGCAGUUGCGUCCACUGCAAGUUAAAAACGCAAAGAAAUAAUUAAUUGUGAGAGAGUUAUAAACAUGUAUAUAGGCUUCGUUGGCAGAAAAUUCAGCAUUUGACAGUCCAGCGUCGCCAGUAACUUGAGGACAACAAAGUCAGAGGACGGUAAUCCAACAGACAGAAAAUAGCCGGCUUUGUUGCUGCUGUCUUUUGAAUUUGAACACAUGCUAUUUUGGCUAUUCACAGUGCAGUGUUUGAGGACUUCCCUUACUUUCAGGAUGCAUGCAUACGGUCCACAGCUGUGUAAUGCACACACAGAAUGCUGGCUCUGAUUUUGAUUUUUGUCAACACUGACAUUGUGACAUGCUCAUGGUGCUCAGGAAGAGAUAAAAGGUGCAGUUUUCAUUUUAAAAAAGUUUUGAGUUGUCUAUCAUAGUGAAACAAAUGUGACAUGUACCAGGACAUACUCAAAUCGCCUAAAAUGUUGAUUUUUUUUUUCCUCUUAAAAGUUGUUCCUUUCUAUGUUUUGUAUAAUUUUGAUCAACAUUUGUAAUGUCUGCUUUUGAAACAAGUAUCUUUAAUAUUUUGCAUGACUGCAGGAGAUCUAUUUCAAAUCAAAUGGAAUUUUAUAUUCAUUUACAUGUUUUUAAGUGAGCCGAAAGUUCAUAAUGCUAUAAAUAAUGGUAUUCACAGCAUGUAAUCUUCAUUAAGUAGAACAAUUAUUUAACCAAUUAUUUAUGAAGACUGCAUGAAGUUGAAAAUCAAUUAAAAAACUAAAAAUUCAAAAUACAAAAACCUGUAUUCACACUAUUGAACAGGUUAAACUAAAAAUAGAGAAAAGUGAUUGUUGGAAUGAACAGUAGACUGAGCAGUGGGCAUUGUGAACAGUCAAUAAAUUACAAUGUGUGAAUGAAUGAAAA